AUGUUCUCAUGCAAGAUACUACGGAGGACAGCGCUUUCUAGUUGUCUUCGAAUAAGUGUCUCAAGAUUGAUUACGACUGCUUCUACUCCUGCGCUAUCCGGUAAAACCUGCCUCAUCACCGGCGGUUCUCGUGGCAUCGGCCUCGCCAUCGCGUCCCGACUCGCAACCGACGGCGCGUCGUGUAUACUGCUCAGUCGUACGUUAUCGGUAGCCCAAGAUGCUGCUUCAGAACUUGAUACAUCAAUGGGCCAGAUGCACGAAGCGGUCCAGCUUGAUGUUGCUAGUACGAGGAGAGUGUGGACCGCCGACGAUUUGGGCGGAGUUGAUCCCGCAAGCAUCGAUAUCGUCGUCAACGCAGCCGGCGUUGCGCAGACUAAACUUCUCUGCCUAAUGACCCCAGAAGAGAUCGAAGACAUUGUAUUCACUAAUUUAAUGGGCACAAUAUACUCCUGCCGCACAUUCGCCCGCUCAAUGAUGCGCUCACGCACAGAAAAAUCAAUCCUCAACAUCUCCUCUGUCUUAUCAUCCAGGGCAGGCCGAGGGUCGUCUAUCUACGCUGCAUGUAAAGGUGGUAUUGAAGGGUUGACAAAGGCGCUGGCCACGGAAUUAGGAGGGAAGCGGGUACGAGUCAACGCGAUUCGGCCGGGACUGAUAAACACCGGUAUGCUGAGUGAGAGCGUCUCCAGCAAAGCAGAGCAAGCCUUCCUCGAGCGCAUCCCCGCAGGCCGCACUGGCUCAGUCGAGGAAGUCUCCGACGCGGCCAUGUUUCUAAUCAAAAACACUUAUUGCAACGGAGCCAUCCUCACUCUUGAUGGCGGCUUCAGCGUUUCUUUAUAA